AAUGAACUCUCAUCCUGCUCAAGCUUUAUUAUUGUGCAUUUAAUAGUGGUAAAGAAACUGACAGAUUAAAACAAAAUGACUCGACAUCAGCGAAAUUGCACGGCAGGAACGGUUUACACAUAUCAUGAGCGACAAAAGGAUGCCGCUGAAUCGGGUUAUGGCACCAAUAAAGCUCGUCUCGGGAAAGAUUCAGAGAAAGAUUUUGAUUGUUGCUGUCUCACCUUACAGCCCUGCAACAACCCCGUCAUUACAGAAGAUGGUUACCUUUAUGAUAAGGAAGCCAUCUUGGAAUACAUCCUCCUUAAGAAGAAAGAAAUCAAGAAUCAGAUGAGCGAAUACGAGAAGCAAAUCAAGAAACAAGAGAAACGGGAGGAAGAUGGGAAGAAGUCACAGCAGCUGAAGAGAGUCCAGGACUUUGUUGAUUCAGAGAGUAGCCUCAUGAGCGGAGCCUCCACCUCAAAGCGAGCGAGGACAGACGAGGCCUCAACGUCAAACGGCACCAAGUCAAUUUCCAACAUGGAUGGAGGGAAGCAUAAGGUUCUACCAAGUUUCUGGAUUCCAGAACACACGCCAAAUGCUAAGCCAACACUGGUCAAGAAGCCUGACAAGACCGUCUACUGCCCUAUGACCAAUAAGCCUAUCACGCUGAAAUCACUCAUUCCUGUCAACUUCACUCUGGUUGAUGAAAAUGACAAGACGCCACUCGUGGCCAAGCGAGAGCGCUACAAGUGUGCAGUCACGCAUGACGUGCUCUCGAACUCAACGAUGUGUGCUGUACUUAAACCAAGUGGUAAGGUCGUGACGCUGGAAUGCAUCAAGAAACUGAUCAAGAAAGACAUGACAGAUCCUUUCACCGAAGUCAAACUAAAAGAAUCAGACAUCAUUGAAUUCAAGAGGGGAGGCACAGGGUAUGCCAGUACCGGAGCUAAAAAUGCAGAGAAGGCUAGACCUGUCAUGAUGGCAUCCUAGUCCAGAUAUUAGUCCAGGUCCUAGCCCACAUUCUCCUCUAUACCUUGGUCAAGCUCUUUGUUCAGCCCCCAAUCCAGAUCUGAGGCCUGACCAGCUUAUAACUCUAUACCUUUUAAUAAUAAAAUUAUGAUUUGUCUGUUAUUUCUUUUUAUGCCACUAUUGCGAAGUAGCCAGAGGCAUUAUGUUUUCGGGCUGUCUGUCCGUACCUCCGUACGUCUGUACGUCCCGUUCUCGUGAUCACGUUAUCUCAAGAACCAAUUGAUAGAUUCCUGACAAACUUGGGUCAUGAAUGUAUCUUGCAGAGACAAUGAACUGAUUAGAUUUGGGGGUCAUGAGGUCAAAUGUCAUGGGGCUCAUUAUGUAUACAAAAAUAGCUUGUCAACGCAUUCUCAUUAGAACUGACGGAUGGAUUACUAUCAAACUUAGGACAUAUAUGUAUCUUGCAAAGCUAAUGAACUGAUUAGAUUUUAGGGUCAUCAGGUCAAAGAUCAAAGGGUCAUACAUGUAUUUGAAAAAUAGCUUGUAAUCACGAUAUUCUGAGAACCUGCCAAUGGAUCACAAUCAAACUUAAAUUUGGAAAAGUGUUCUGUUUUGGUUUGUAAAAUCGCUCUAUGGGGAAGGCAUCAUUUUCGACUGCGCGCAGUUGUAUUUCCAUCUAGUUAUUUAUCCUUUUUUAUAGAGGUACAUGUAUACAAAAUUGGCAUCAAGUUAAGCUUUCGCCAGGGGCAAUAUAUUGUAUCAGAUAAUGAGUACGUUUCAAAGGUUACACACAGAACCUCUAAAUAAGCCAUCAAUUUCAUGUUUUGGCCAAUCUUACGUCUUUUUAAUAACUGUUUUAAUCAUUCAUAUUUUUUUUUAAAUCUUACGAUGGCUGCUUUUAAAGAAGUACUUGAUGCUAAAAUUCACAAUUCAUCUCUCUGUGCUAACUUACCCUUGGUUUUCUGCUGAGUCAGAGUUAUCCAUAAUGUCAAGUAGCUUGGGUCCAUAACAUGUAAUUGCUUCAAGCAAAUCAUUGAUCACACAAAACUCUACUAAGAAGAUGACAAGAAUGUUUAGUUUAAAAGCCAUUAAUUUUGAUAUAACAUUGUAAAUCAUGUACCCUGUAUAUAAUGUAUUUCACCUGUAAAUGAUUGUAGAUAUUAAAGAUUAAAAAAAGAAUCUGUA